AUGAGGACCAUGCUCAACAAGGCCACCGCCCGCCCCUCCGUGGCGGUGCGCUCAAUCUCGGGCAAGGCGUCCGUGAGCGGCAAGUCCACCGCUGCCGGCAAGGCCCAGACUGCCCGCGAGUACGCGGCCACCCUGCCCGGCAUCAGCGAGCCCUUCCCCAACAUCUUCGACCCGGCCAACUUCCUGGAGACCGCCUCCGUCCGCGAUGUGCGCCGCUGGCGCGAGAGUGAGAUCAUCCACGGCCGUGUGUCCAUGCUCGCUGCCCUGGGCUUCGUCGUCGGCGAGAACCUGGAGGACUUCCCCGCCUUCUAUAACUUCGACGGCCAGAUCUCUGGCCCCGCCAUCUACCAGUUCCAGCAGGUGGAGGCCCGCGGCGCCAUCUUCUGGGAGCCCCUCCUGCUCGCCAUCGGCCUGGCUGAGUCCUGGCGCGUGGCGGUCGGCUGGGCGACCCCCGUUGGCAACGGCUUCAACCAGCUCAAGGAUGACUACGAGCUCGGCAACCUGCUGUUCGACCCCCUGAACCUGGCCCCCACUGACCCCGAGGAGCUCAAGGUGCUGCAGACCAAGGAGCUCAACAACGGCCGCCUGGCCAUGAUCGCCAUCGCCGCCUUCACCGCCCAGGAGCUGGUCAACGGCCGCGAGAUCUUUGAGCACCUGUUCAUCGGCGUGGAGAACGAGGUCAUCGCCGAGGCCACCCUGGUCGAGAAGGAGAUUGGCCUGAUCCAGUAG